AUGGCGACGAUGGACAUGGGCUUCUUGCCCACGAUCAAAUGCUCCAAUUGUGGAAACAAUGUGGAAAUCUCCGCCAUGGGCGACCAUGUCUGCGCCCCUAUUGAUCAUGGUCUGCCUGCGCCGGGAGUAACAACAACAUCAUCAACAAACCAUUCCACUCUCGGCUCUUCUCAUGCAUCCUCCAACACUACAGCACCUCCCUCACCACCUCCAUCCGCGGGGUUGGAUGCUCCAGACCAGCUGACCGUGGCCAUGGCUGCCAAACCCGGUCGGCCUGGAGCACCCCCUCGCAUCGAUCCUACCAUCGCCAAUCGCGCCUUUCUUCAACCGACGGUACCCACGCCGGCGAGUAGUGUGGGAUCACAUCUGCCAUCCCCCCUUUCCAUCCACUCGGCACCGCGAUCGCCAAUGCACUUAUCGGUGUCCAACUCCGACCACCCAAAAUCUCUCGGAGACGAAUCGGUACUCGACUUGCAUACAGUGUUUUCCUUUCCAAUGCCUGGCAGCCGGUCUCCCGCUCCUGUUGGCACUCCUGCGAUGAAAUAUGAACCGCCAGCACGGUCCCCAGCACGUCCAGCUCCGACCCCGUCCCCGCGACUCGGAUUAGACUUGGUGCCGGAGAACAUUCAGCUUCCACCUAGCCCUCUUCCUCCCCAGACAGAGUCGGCGCCUGUUGGACAUAGUCGAGGUGAUUCAAUGGCUAGUCACAGUAGUUACCGCACCUCCCUAGCAAGCACCCGCUAUGAAGGCUCGACCGCGCGAUCAUCGACCCACAGCUUCUCCCGGGGAUUGCGCUCAUUCAUGGAGGAUACCCCACCGCUUCCCCCGGCGCCUCUUCGCACUCCCAACAAGGCGUCAUUCCCAGCAGAUUCAAAUUCAAACUUGUCAGUGAGCUCGGCCUCCCGCGGGGAAACAUACAGUGGAUUCGAUUUUGGCAUCACGCCCACGCCACCCCGGACUAGUCUCGAUGACCUUCCAGAAGAAGACUGCCCGCCGGAUCCAGUUGCGAUCGACAAAGAACGGAAAUACCUGGCCUAUUCACCCAGUCACUUGCACCCGGCCAAUGCGGAAGCAGGCAGUGAUGCGCCCAGGAAGGCCUCGGAUGCGACGAGUGAAAGUGCCAUUUCAAUUACGAAUUUUGCGCGUGCCUUGGGUCUGGAUGAUCAUCAAAUUGACAAUACGGAAGAUUCCACGUCUUCAGAAUCUUCCCCCUCUGACACCCGCAGUGGAAGCUCUAGUGGAAGCUCCAUGUCCAGUCUACCAUCUGAUACCAGUUUGAAUCGGCAUAAAAUUACGGAUCCUCUCAACUUGGGUCCUUUGGUGGAGGAACUCCCACCACGAACACGACAGACUAUUCUGGAACUUCCCGGUCGCAUUCGCAGUACUAUGGAUGAAGUGCCUCCAAUUCCUGCGGCAUUCUUCAGUCCUGAUUCCCCGACUGAUCCAGCAAUUGGCCAAGGUAGUUUAUCGCUGAUUGCCGAGAGGCGCGAGGAAGCGAUUCGUCCGCUGCAGCACAAACAAUCAUCACCACUACUACCCCAGCAGCAAGAUGAACUCCAAGAUCCGCCUUCCCCUCGCCGACCAAUGCAACGCUCUGCGACAGAACCAAUUCCUCGUCCCCCAACCCGUUCCGGAACUCGUCCCAAGGGUAACUGCAAGGGAUGCGGUGAAGCCAUCACGGGCAAAUCCAUCUCCUCCUCGGACGGCCGUCUGACCGGACGAUACCAUCGUGCAUGCUUCGUCUGUUUCGAAUGCCACUCCCCCUUCCCAUCCGCCGAUUUCUACGUCCUCAACAACCGGCCCUACUGUGCCCAGCACUACCACGAGCGGAACGGUUCCCUAUGUUCGACCUGUCACAACGGUAUUGAGGGCCAAUACCUCGAGACCGUGGAACGUAACGGUGGUCGUCCCGAACGACGCCGCUUCCACCCUAAUUGCCUUCAAUGUCGAACAUGUCAUGUUUUACUCAAGGGCGACUAUUUCGAAUGGAACGGCGAGGUCUACUGUGAACAAGAUGCUCGUCGUGCCGCCAAUGCUUAUUACAGACCCCCAGGAGGCCCCCCAGGAACCCCGGGCCCUCCGGGAUCUCUGAGACCUCCAGGUCCACCCGGUCCACCCGGUCGUCGUCGACCCACGAUCGGAUCUUCCCCUCUGGCUCAAUCGCGUGCCUACCCUCCUGGGCCUCCUCCGGCCGGAUAUCGACCCCCUCCCUCGCCUGGCCCGAGUAGCGGAUCCCUUCGUCCGGGUCCACGGUACCCAUCCGGUGGUGCAAGACGUUUCCCCGAGCGGAGAACCACUAAGCUCAUGAUGAUCUGA